AUGCCAACUGACCGGUUACAGACCAUUGAACAGGGAAGCAAAACUCUAACCUGCAACUUAGUUACAAAAUCUGGACACAGAUCUUCUCCCGAACGAGCCUUCCUAGAGAUUCGUUGCCUCCACUCAUUCGACGGUCAAAUUCAAGCAAAUGUUACAAAAUGGCCCCACGAAUUCCGCAACAGAAUUCCCUUUUUCAGUCGACGCAAAGCGAAAUUCUACGGACAACACAUACUAUUCGCGUGCCUCCCGAUCAGUAGUAUCACCGUUACACUGGUAGUUUUCGUGGAGGGUCCAGUCUACACUACUUCGAACGCUCGAGUACCGGAUUUAACUAUCGCAGGUGAUCCUCUACGUACACCGGGUCAUCAGGAUAUCAUCAAGAUAGACAAACCUUGGUUGUCGGAAGCACGUGCUCAGACGCCUUCACCGUCUACGGCGACGCCGGUGACAAAAGGAGGUGCCACCCAUGGCUGGAGCAAGCGCGGUGACCAUGUCAGCUGGGAGGGCUGUAGAGUUCUGAUCAUACUGGUUCACAAAUUGGAUUUGAUGUAUGAAGCCGGCUUGGAUAAGCCGAAAAAGAUCUACUUCAGUGCGGGUUGUUUAGUACCAUCAGAUACGAUCGGCAAGCAGCUGAAGAGCACCAGUGCACCCAUGUUCACCGAACAGCUCGAUGAAAACCCGGGCGUUUGUUCCAGCUCCAAAUUCAGUUCCGUUUCACUGGCUGUUGAAGAAUUUCUCAACAAAGGUGGUGAAUCCCUAGGUGUCAAUAAUCCCGCUGGUAGUCCCAGCUGUAGUGACUUCAGUGUUGGUGACAGUCUCGAAACUGCCAUGAAGCGUGUGCACCACUUGAGCAAUGAGCUAGCGGUAGUAGUUACUUUUGUUGAUGAACUAAACGGAAAAACCAACGGUGAACUGGAAUGGCGACGUCUUGAACACCAAACCAAACAGGUUCUGCUUCGCAUCAGUCAGUGCGAAGAUAUGAUGCGCGAUAUGGCCAUCAUUCCGGUCAACAUUUUCGUGGCCCAAUCUUUGCAGGCCAAGCUUGUAGAUUCAGAGACAGCGGAGGAAAGUCUUCGUUCAGAACAAGCCCUGCGCUGGGAUUCACCGGCGUUCUCUUCAGGACCUUGA